UCAGAGCCGGGUCUACAGGAGAGCGCACUGUCAGGAUAUUUCAUCCUUCUGCACACACACACAUACACCAACACACACAUUUUCUUACGUUCUCCCUCUCCAACACACACAUGGAGUACAACUGGAUCCACCUCCUCUGGGUUUUCUGGAGCGUGAUGCCAGGGCUUCAUGACUGUUUCAACAUUGACACCAGAAAUCACAGGAUCAUAAAGGGCCCCAGGCAGACACAGUUUGGCUACACUGUCCAACAACACAUUGCUGGGGGACAGAAAUGGUUACUGGUAGGAGCCCCACUGGAAACAAAUGGACAGCAUCAGACAGGAGACGUGUACAAAUGUCCCUUAAGCAGAAGAUCUGGAGGACCCAGCUGCUCCAAACUCAAUCUUGGAAGGAUAUCGUUGACAAAUGUAUCUGAACGAAAGGAAAGGAUGAGACUUGGAAUGACCCUUUCAUCUAACCCUAAAGACAACAGCUUUGUGGCUUGUGGUCCCCUCUGGUCAUAUGAAUGUGGCAGCUCGUACUACAGCACUGGAAUUUGCUCCAGAGUCAAUGCCAGCUUUAAAUUUUCCCGCACUAUAGCUCCUGCUUUCCAAAGGUGUGAGACAUACAUGGAUAUAGUGAUUGUCUUGGACGGUUCAAAUUCGAUCUACCCCUGGAAUGAGGUGCAAGACUUCCUUAUCAACAUCCUGAGGAAAUUCUACGUUGGACCGGGACAGAUUCAGGUUGGAGUACUGCAGUAUGGAGAAAAGGUGGUGAGCGAGUUUCAGCUGAAUGACUUCCGCUCUGUGGAGGAUGUGGUCAAAGCAGCCCGAAAGAUUGGCCAGAGAGGAGGAGAAGAGACCAACACGGCACUGGGAAUCAAUGUUGCACGCUCAGAGGCCUUUAAACAGGGAGGCAGAAGAGGAGCAAAGAAAGUCAUGAUAGUCAUCACAGAUGGAGAAUCACAUGACAGCGCAGACCUGCAGCAGGUCAUUGAGGAAAGCGAGAAGGACGGCAUCACCCGAUAUGCCAUCGCUGUACUGGGUUACUACAACCGCAGAGGCAUCAACCCUGAAGCUUUCCUAAAUGAGAUUAAGUACAUUGCCAGCGACCCCGAUGAUAAGCAUUUCUUCAACGUGACAGACGAGGCAGCUUUGAAGGACAUCGUGGAUGCUCUAGGAGAGAGGAUCUUCAGUUUAGAGGGGACAAGCAAGAACGGGACAGCAUUUGGUCUCCAGAUGUCUCAAGCCGGCUUUUCCACACACACAGUGGAGGAUGGUAUUUUAGUGGGAGCUGUGGGAGCUUAUGACUGGAACGGCGCUGUGCUAAAGGAGACUCGGCAGGGGAAAGUGGUUCCACCGAAAUCCUCCUAUGAACAAGAGUUCCCAGAAGAACUAAAGAACCAUGGAGCCUACCUGGGUUACACAGUGACGUCUGUGGUGUCUGCUCGCAGUGGCCAGUUAUAUGUAGCAGGGGCUCCUCGCUUUAACCACACAGGCAAAGUCAUCAUCUUCACCCUGAAAAAUACAGGGGAGCUCACUAUAUUGCACUCACUCAAGGGACAGCAGAUCGGCUCUUAUUAUGGCAGUGAGAUUGCUCCAGUGGACAUUGAUAAUGAUGGAGUGACUGAUAACCUGCUGGUGGCUGCACCCAUGUUCUUCAGUGGAGGCUGGGAGAAAGGCAAAGUCUACAUCUACAGAGUCACCGAACAGCCUCGCUUUAUCCUGGAAGGCUCGCUGGAGGUGUUAGAUCAGGGUCAGAAUGCCCGAUUUGGCUCUGCAUUGGCUCCUGUGCCUGAUCUGAACGGGGAUUCAUUUAAUGAUGUGGUGGUGGGAGCUCCGCUGGAAGAUGACCACAAAGGAGCCAUUUACAUCUAUCACAGCCAACGCAACAGAAUACUGAGGAAAUAUAAACAGAGGAUUGGUGCAGUUCAGCUGGGCCCAGGUCUGCAGUACUUUGGUCGUAGCAUUCAUGGGAAGAUGGACAUGAAUGGAGAUGACCUGGUGGAUCUGGCUGUGGGAUCCCUUGGUGCUGCAGUUCUCCUCUGGUCUCAAAGUGUGAUCCGAAUCCAUUCAGUAGUUCGUUUUGAGCCCAGCAAGAUUAACAUAUUCAAUAAAGACUGUCGGAGAGGAGGAAAAGACGUCACCUGCAUGUCAGCUAUUGUUUGUCUGAAUGUCACAGCACGGACUCCUAUCAACCCCUCACAGGAAAUAGCUCUUAGAUACAGUGCUUUCUUUGAGGAGAAGCGCUUCAACCCUCGGGCUGUAUUUGAUGACCCAGAUCGCCAGCAGCCACAAAACCUCACACUGCUUCCUGGAGAGGAGACCUGUGAUCACAUCUACUUCCACGUCAUGGAAACUACAGACUACGCCAGGCCAAUUAUAUUCACUGUAGAGACGGAGCUUUUGGACCUGUAUCAUGGCCCAGUUCUGGAUGAUGGCUGGCCAACGACUGUGAAAACACAGCUUCCCUUUUGGAACGGUUGUGAUGAAGACGACCAUUGUGUUCCAGACUUGGUGUUACAAGCUCAGACUGAUCUAAUGAAUCGCCAGCAGUUCUGUGGGCAGCCGUUUCGAGCUGCCAGUCUCUUAUGUCAGGGUCACACGUCAACAGACCCUUCUGAACGCAUUAUAGAGGGAUCCAGGAGGAAGAUGGUAGUGGAUGUACGUCUAGAAAACAGAGGAGAGAAUGCAUAUGGAGCCAAGCUUAACAUCACUUACACUCAAAAUCUACGCUUCUCCAGCCUUAUAGUGAAGGAUAACUCUGAUAUACAUAUAGACUGCCGUAACGAGAACAAGCGGAAAUAUGAGAAAUCCUGCAACAUCAGUGAACCCUUUAUGAGAGCAAAGUCACAGGUUGUAUUUCGUUUGGAAUUUGAAUUCAGUCACUCGGUGCUGUUGGAUCACGUACAGAUCAUACUGGAGGUUACUAGUGAGGGAGAAGAAGUCAUCCUCUAUGAUAACUUCAAUGACAUUUUCUACAAUCUGAAGUAUGAGGCUGAUCUGCUCUUCACUAGGGAUUUUUACCCGACCCGAUAUGAGCUUAAACCUGACCUCUCUCUAGAGAAAUCAGAUGAUUUCAACCCCCCAUUCAACUUUACCUUUCAGAUCCAGAACCUUGGUUAUUUUCCAAUCCAAGAUUUGCAACUCUACAUUGCAAUCCCUGAGGUCACAAAAAAUGGGAAUCAACUCCUGCAGAUCAGAGAUUUCCAUAUUGACCAGGUAGGGGGAAGUCAGUGUAUCCCCCCUCAGCAUGUGGCUCACAGUCGGGCCUCUCCAGAAGACCUCUCACGAACAUCACGCCUGAACUACACAAACACCUUGGCAGUGCCAGUGCAGUGCACCGUCAAUCUGCCUUCCUACAGAGACGUCAGCGUAAAGAUCGGUGGAUCCCUCCGUACUGAUGCACUGCAUGCGCUGAAGUUCAAAACCCUUGAGCUGGUGACGACAGCCUCAGUGGAGCUGAACCCUUCCAGCCCUAUGUUUCUGCCUGAAGAGAGGCCGGUCAGACAUAUAAUUCUAGAGAUUCGGAAAGAGGAGGAUUACCGUGUUCCCAUCUGGAUUAUCAUAGGCAGCACACUUGGAGGCCUGUUACUCCUCUCUCUCCUCAUUCUGGCACUCUGGAAGGUAAUGAAAGUUGGGGUUUUUCCAAAGACAGAAAAGACGCGAAGAGGCCGAGAAUGAGGUCAAUGGCAAGACGGUGCAGGAGAGAUAACGCAGGCUGCUCAAGAGGGUUCAGACAGGCCUACAUCUCAGGGACAAACCAACAACUAUAUUAGACGUCUCUGAAACAUGGAGAGAGGGAGAAAGACAG